AUGUUAACUGAAGUGGCUCCGGGUAAGGGCUUUGUUGGCCUUCCCAGCGACUUCGGGGAUGCUGCGCGUCUGCAGCAGGACCUCCCUGAGACCAGCGGUGUCAAGGAAAAGCGACGGCGCAUCACAAAUGAUGACCUGCCGCCUGGUACACUAUCGAGGUACAACAAGAUAUUCGUGCCGAAGCUCAUCGAGAUAGUGGCUCGCCUCGCCAAUCCCUGGGAGCUUCAGGUGAUCAACUUCCCGGGUGAACUCACACGACUCUGGGAUGAGACGUUCCCGGAUACCGAACUCGGGUACCUAGUCGAGGCAGGUACUCCGCUUUUUGAACUGUCUACGCAGCGCCUCUACACUUGGCGCUCUACGGUCGGCACUAAUGCCAUUGCUGCAGUCCAGAGAUUCUGGGAAAACGAAGGGAUUAGUGAUCCGCUUGAUCGCGCGGAGUGUGCAAAGAUUGCGAUUGGGCCGGGGAAGCCCUAUCUCUUCGGAGAGGUCGAGUUCAUGCCUGACCUACGGACAAUUGCGAGACGCGUCAACCGCUUCGAAAGCCCAGUCAUCCUUGAUGCGCUUGGGGAGCAUCUGCGCAUCAUCGAUCGUGUGGUCAAGAAGCCAGUCGCUUAUCCGCGUGGUGCACUCAUGCUUGCCGCCGCCGCAGCCGAGCGAGCAUGGAAGCUUGCUGUCGCGGAUGGCAAGAUCGUGCCCGAGCGCAAGGAUGCGUUCUCCGAGAAGUCGGUCGGACCAAACAUCAAGAUAUUUGGCAAUGCCAUCGCGCAGCUCACUGAUGCGAAAUGGGCGCAGAUCCUGUCCAAUGCUCGUGCCUUCAUCGUGUUCAAGGAUGCCAAAUCGAGGUCUCUUGCUAUCGAUAUCGAUGAUGACGACGAUCUGUAUUCGGACGAGGAGUACUAUAUGAAGGCAAACAAGACUUCGAUGAGUACUAUCGAAGAUGACGCAGACUCUCUAUGAGCAUCUGGUGCCAUGUUCAGAGCUUCAAGCCCGAACAUUGCCCAUCAAGACAAUCAGGUGUAUGAUGCACGCAAGUCGUGAUCUGCCAGCGACGGGACACUCUCUUGGACAUACGAUUAUACCCGCCAUUCUUUUGUAUGCUGUUUUUCAGUCACUCAUUGGUUUGCUUUGUCACGCACUCUGCGCUACUUUACUUACACUUCAACGCUUCUACCGUCUAAGCUACAGCUCGAAUAUACUGCUUUGUUCUGUAACAGUGACUAGUGGGCCUGAAUUCCGUGCUAAGUGCCUUGAAUUAGAGAG